AUGAAUACACUAAGCCUUGCUCAUAUUUUCGAGUACGCACAAUGUUCACCAACUACUCGAAAUUAUGUAGAAGGUGAACAGAAUUCUAGUUUAAUAGUUAAAGGGUUAGUUAUUCAGUCUUCUUAUAUUCAUCAAAUGCCUCACGAAGUGACAGGAGAAUUACACAGACAAAAUGAUCAAUUAAAAAUAAUUAAUUUUACAUGUAGUUGCAAAGCAGGAGACUCUGAGGCUUGUAAACAUGUUGUAGCAGUAUUGUUAAAUUUAAACAGAACUAGCUUAAAUGAUAUAGAUACACUUUCAAAAACCGAUGUGCAGUGUGAGUGGGCUAAAUUGAAAGAACCAUCUUUGGCUUGCUAUAAAGCAGUUUCAUUAGAACACUUUUGUUGUGUCAAGAAACCAAAACUUACAUUGAACACAAUAAAUGACGAAGAAAUCAGGUUUAUAUUUUUUAUAUUUUGACACCUAAGGCUUAUAGUUAUCUUACUUUUACAAUUUCCAAAACAAACAUUUCUUAUAAGUUAAUUUUAUUGAAUUAUUAUAAUAUAUAGGUAAUUAGGAAUAAAUUACUUUUUAGAUCGGGUUUUGCAAGUAUUGCUCCACAUUCAGCAUUGUCACUUCAUCAAAAAGGGCGACAAUUGAAUGUUGUUGAUAUUUAUAAUGAUGUUUUUCCUGAAACUUUUUCACUUCAUGCAGAAAAACAUAUGUUACUAGAAAAUUUAAGUGAUUAUACGUUUGAAUUGAAAGAUUGUUGUAAAAAAAUUUAUUCAGAACUUUCAACAGAUAUAAAUUAUAUAAAAGAAAAAUCUUUAAUUGAUCAGACAUACUGGACAAAAGUAAGACAGUUUAGGAUAACUGGAAGCAGAUGUUACUCUAUUUUUACAUACAACCAGAACAUAAAAACAAAUAGUGAUUGGGUA